GGCGACAAGGUUGUAUUCCCGAACGGAUCGGUAGAUCCAUGGAAGUCACUUGGUCUUCCAAUUGGAGACCCUGAUAAGAGCAUAGACGCCUUCAUAAUUAAAGGCGGAGCUCACUGUUCUGACAUGUAUCCAGCGUCUGCGAACGAUACACCUGAGUUGACAGCGGCCAGAGCACGUAUCUUGAAAAGCCUCGACUCGUGGAUUCAGGACGCUCUCAAACCAACAGGAGGUGCUUCUUUGCCGGGACUAUUCGCCACUUCGAUCCUUGUGUUGGUAUCCUUCUAUUUCUGA